AUCAUUUUUGCCCUCUCUCGGCUGCCGUAACCAUAAGUCCGCUCAGGGGCGGAGUGGGGGUUCCCGCGGUGGCUGUUGGGACAGGCUGCCAAGUUGUAAGAAAGUCCGCUCGUAGCGGCUCCAGGUGCACUUUGAGAGAAAAGAAAGCUGAAGUUUGUGGAGAGGCCCUCAGGCCUAGCAACGCUUAAUAGCCCGAGAAAUGAGUUGGGUCGGUUAGAAGGCUCUUACUGGGGGUGUCCGGCCAAGUGGGAAGGUACAGCCAUGCAGGAAAGCAUCCGUUUUGCUUCCUCGGGAGAUGAUGAUGUUAAAAUAUGGGACUCUUCAUCCAUAACUGUAGUGGAGCAGUUCAGUCCCCAUACUUCAUCACAUCCAGUUAGCUCUGUGUGCUGGGGCAGCAACAAUAUUUUUCUGGUCACUGCCUCUGCUGUGGGUGAUAAAAUAGUGAUUUCAAACUGUAAAGGUAAACCAGUUCCACUUUUUGAACUAGCUGAAGGGGCAAAACAAACAUGCAUAAGUCUGAGUUCAAAUUCAAUGUAUAUUGCUAGUGGAGGUAUUGAUAGCACUGUUAAUAUUUGGGAUUUAAAGUUCAGAAAACUUCACCGAUCUCUUAAGGAUCACAGAGAUGAAAUAACUUCUGUAACCUUUAAUUGGAAUGAUUGCUAUGUUGCUUCAGGAUCUAUGAGUGGUGAAAUUAUCCUGCAUAGUCUUACUACAAAUUUAUCCAGCACUCCAUUUGGCUAUGGCAGCAGUCAGCCCAUUCGACACCUGAAAUAUUCUCCAUUUAAGAAAGCAUUAUUGGGUAGUGUCUCUGAUAGUGGAACUGUAACUCUGUGGGAUGUCAACAGUCAAGCCCCGUAUCAUAACUUUGAAAGUGCCCAUAAAGCUCCAGCAUAUGAAAUCUGUUUUUCUCCCAUCAGUGAAUUGCUACUUGUAACUGUAGGUCUGGACAAACGAAUCAUUCUCUAUGACACCUCCAGUAAAAAGCAGUUGAGGACUUUAGUAGCAGAAUCUCCUCUAACUGCAGUAGAGUUCAUGCCUGAAGGAACUUCCCUGGCGAUUGGAUCUUCUCGUGGAAAGAUAUACCAUUAUGAUCUAAGAAAACUGACAGCACCUGUGAAAUCAGUCACUGCUCACAAAACCUCUGUGAAAUGCAUAACACUGCAGUACUGUAACAACUUUUCAAGGUCUAGUGUUAAGACGCCCUCAAACAAGCAGCCUUGCAAAAGUUCUGAUAUCAAAACAACAAGCAACUCUGGAGGAAUUCAGAAUACUGGCAUGAUAAAAAAUGUUACUCCUAACAUACCUGCUUUGUACCUGCCCCCAUCCUUGCCAACAGCUGAAAUUAAAGGAGCUGAUGCUAUUCAAGGUAGAUCAGGAUUCCCACGCAGCUGCAGUCUGGAUGUAAUUCCUUCCAAAGAAAUUGAUCAUGGGAAUACUUCUACUUUAAAUGAUGAUUUGGGGAGAAGUAGUUUAGGUGACUUGUUCUCUCCACUUCGAGAUGAUGUUGCACCUUGUAAAACAAGUGAAGAUGUUCCAGGAAAGGGCGAUGGUUUGGAUUUUCAGCCAUAUCUUUCAAGUAUGGAUUUUCUCUCCCAGUUCAGCACAGUGUUGCCUGUAAGAAAAAAUCCAGCAGGAUCUGGCUCGCAAGCAGUGCAUUCUAGUCCACUUAAUAUAUUUGUUGGCUCUCCUAUUAAAGAGGACAAUGAGAAUCCAGAUACUGAUGCUAAGAAAACAAAUAAUGGAAGACAAGAGUCAAGAGAACAUUACAAACAAUUGAGCUCCUUGAGCUCUGAGUCUGCAAAUCUGAAUAACCCACCACUGGCCAUCACAGUCAGGAGUCCUGAUCCCCGUGAGAGGCUUAUUAAGAACAUUCAGGCACAGCUGACAUAUGAAUCACCAGAGAAUGGUACUACCUCAGCAACUUCAAAGAUAACUUCUUCUAUUACUGCUGGAGUUGCCAGUUCACUGUCUGAAAAAAUAGUAGACACUAUUGGAAGUAGCAGAUUGAAUGCGCCUUUAUCAUCGGUUCAAAUUCAUUUCAUUCAGAAUAUGAUACAAGAAACUCUGGAUGAUUUCAGGGAAGCCUGUCAUCGUGACAUUGUGAAUUUGCAAGUGGAGAUGAUCAGACAGUUUCAUGUGCAGCUGAAUGAAAUGCAUUCCUUACUUGAAAGAUACUCUGUAAAUGACAGCUUAGUUGCUGAAAUUGAGAGAUUACGUGAGGAAAACAAAAGGUUGCAAGCCCACUUCUGACAAGAGCACUUCCAUGGAAGAAAUUGAGUUGAACUUUUUUAUUGUGCUGGAGCACUAUGACAUUACCUGGCUGAUACUGAAGUAGUGUAAACUCAGUAUUUUUUCCAGCACUAAAGAACUUUUUUAAAUAAAAAAGGCAAUAGAUAACUGAUUAAUAAAAAAUAUGCACUAAUAAUGUUUGUAUCAAAGUGUUUUUAUGGUAAACUUGAAAUACAUUGGUUGUAAACGGGCUUAAAGGAGUAUUAAUCAGUUUUAGCUGUAUAAAAGUGCCUUUUUAUAAAGGGAAACUAAACAGAAAAUGUAUUUUGUAUAAGAAUUUUUGUUCUGACAAAUUUACUAUAAAUUUCAAUAUUUCUGUUGUGGUUGUUCUUUUUUUGCAAUGAAGUCUUUCUAUGGCAGUUUUUUUUUUCAUUUGGCUAGAAAAGCAUUAAUGUCUGACGCUCAUUUUUUAUUGUAUAUGCUCUUUUCCUAAUGACGUUUUCCUACGAAUGUUACUUUGAAAGUGUAGAGUGCAAUCUUUGCUUUUGGUUACAAUUGAGUUUCAUAUUUCCAUAAUUUAGUGGCAUACUGAAUAUUUGCUCAGACUGAAUAAACAAUUUGUGUAGUUCUGCAUAAA